CAGUCACCCGAUGAAGCUAUUGGCUGGAAGGCUUCAGGUCCCUGCGCACUGGCGAUGGACCGCUCUCAUAAACAGCCCCUCACACUGACUCAACACACACAUCAAACUGUGUGGGAACAUGUCGCAGUACACUCUGGGAGUUCACCUGCAGAUCCUGCUGGCUGUGGGGCUGGCUGUGUUCUGCUACUGUCUGGUUCUCGGUUGCAUCCUUUGCUGUCGCAAAAGGAAGAGUGUUUCAUCGAAGGACAAGGAGGCAGUUUUCUUGUCUCCUCAUCCUGCUGAGAGCGUGACCGUGACAUUGACUCCAUCUCCAUGUACCCAGCCCGUCAAGCAGCAGUACGAGGAGCUGGAUGGGGACGUGUUGGAAUUUCCUUCCUCUAAAAGCAGCUCUUCUCCCUCUGAGGAUGACGUCACUGCUCUGCCCUUUGACCUCAGCCCUACCAGAUCAGCUGAGCUGGUGCAGUCUCAUGGGUCUUCUUUUCCAAUGCGACGCCUCAGCACCCCGGCUGUUCCCUGCUCACCCAAUAAACGUCCAAGUCAUGGCAGAGCCUCUCUGCCCUCCCUCACUAAGUUGAGCCUGGUGUCCAAGUCCCGUCGGGCAAUGGGUCGACGCAGCACUGUGAGCGGUGAAAGCUUUCUUUACAGCGAGAGCAGUCAACUGACCGCUGGUACUGCCGGAGCUCCCACCCAGCGGGGGGAGACCUGUCUCUCACAGUAUGGCUCUAACUCUCUCUCCAUCCCCUCCAAGCAAGCUCCUUUCCUGCACUUCUCCUUGCUCUUCUCCUCUGUCUGUGGCACCCUGGUGGUCAACAUCCUGGGGCUCUCGGGGGCCAGUCGAAGGCGCAGCGGGGUGUUUGUCCGGGCCAGCCUUCCUCCCCUCUGCCCCUCCCCACAGCAGCCAGCCUCUCGGCGCCGCAGCCUCAGCCCAGAUCUCCACAGCCAGAGCUUUAUUCUGCAGGUGGGCUCUGUGGAAGAGCUCCGCACCUGCACCUUGAGACUUGCUGUCUACAGCAGGGACUUCUCAGGCCUAAGAGAAGCUGCGCUGGGGGUGGUGGAGCUGCUCUGUGAACAGAUGGAUUGGGAGCCUGACACCACCACCACCUACACCAGGCAGCUCAGCCCAACUAAAAGCAAGCUAAAAAAGAGUGUGAGUUCUCAGGAAACAUUGGGUCACAGGAAGAGCUCGGUGUGUGCGCCGCGGGCUUUGGGCCAGCUGUUCAUCCUGCUGCAGUACCAGACGCUGGCCCAGCGAAUCAAGGUGAUGGUCCGAAAGGCUGAGAAUCUGGCGAAGCUCACACGGAUCCCUGGAGCUCCAGACCACUACGUUGUCAUCAACCUGCGUCAGGAUGGGAAAGUAAUUGGUACCAAGGAGACCAAAGGGGCCAGCGGUCCAAACCCUGUCUGGAACGCUCCAUUCCUGUUUGACCUGCCCUCUGGUGACAUCACUCAGCUACCAUUGGACCUUGAGUUUAUUGUCAUGCAGGGCCGUCUCUACACUAAGAGCAGUAUUCUGGGUCGCGUGUUGAUUGGCAGCGAUGCUUCAGAGGCGGGACAGGGACACUGGAAGGAAAUGUGCAGUCGGGGUCAAACUGAGACGGCCCGCUGGCACACCAUCCAAUCAGACUGACUGAGCUGCUGUUCCUCCACCGCCCAGUGAGUGAGAGUUGGAGUUAGGUGGGGUGCACACGCCUCUCUCGCUUUCAAAGUAUUUAUUUUCAGUUUUUUUAUUUUUAGGUCUGUUGUGCAUUUUUGGUAGCUAUGGCAACUUUUUAUCAACAGAAAAUGUUCAUGAAUUCAAUAACUGGUAAUGCUGUUUUAGGGAGAGACAAAUAUCAGACAAAUAUCCAGAUAGUCCGUGAGUAUCUACAGGGCUUUAGAGGGAGAAGCACUGAUCACUGUAUGGAGGAGGGAUGUGCCGCAGCUUUCUCCGUAUCAACAGUAUUCUGCAUCCUGAUGCUUGCCUUUGUGACUAUUUCCACCGUGACUUUUUAAAACUGUAGUCUGUAUAACUGUAUCAUUCUGGUUGUAUGCAACUUGUGCUGAUGUUGUGGUAUUGUUUGUAUUGUGCUCAGAGGCUACAAAUGUUGAUUGACCACGACUUGUUGGAUUCUCAGAAAUUUGACAGUUACAGAGCAUAUAUGUUGCCACUCUGCUCGUGGUUUGCCGUGGUGUAUUACUGUGCCAGUAUUUGUCCACAUACUGUAAAUACCUCUUCUUACUAAUAUUUAUGAGGCCGUUACAGUGGCCUCACUUUGUGUGGCAUGCCUGCUGAAUUAUUGUUUUGUUUUGUUCAGUUCCCAAGAGGAUUUGUUCUCUUUUUGUCCGCAGGAAACAAUAAACAUGUGGGAGCUUGAUGGUUCACAGAUACCGUUGCUUAGUUUUAAAUAGAUACUGACCUGGUUUUACUGUAUAAUGUUUAGUUGUCUGCAUUUGGCAUGCUAAUGUGCAGUAAAUGCAUAAGAAAAUAUUUCUAUAAUAGAACUUUAUUCAAAAAUAAUGCAAAACAGAUGGAUACAAGAAAGAAGAACCACUUUACAUUGUGUCAGCUGUGUCAGGUCUUUGGCAGCCAAAUGAUUGUGACCAAGCAGCAGCAUUACCAAAUAACAUUACUGACUGUCUAUCAUGCACUACUCAUCCACUGUGGCUCCUUUGCUAUUGGACUUUAUUACUGGACACAAUCUGCAGCAGUUUCUCAAUUUUUUAUUAAUGAGGCCAACACAAGAGAGGCCCCGAUGAAGAAUAACAUUAAACUUGAUUGCAUGAUAACUUUGGAAAACAACUGUCUCAGCAUGGACUGACAGUUUUAUCUGCAGUCAAUGGAACACUACAAAAUAGAAACGGAAAUAGAUGUGGUCUAUUUUAGACAGACUUGUAAAUCAUUCAGCUAGUUCUUUUUUGAAGUGAAGCUGGAUAAUAAAGUUGGACAACUGAAACAAUAAAAAAAUGUUACUUAUUACAUAUUACAUUGUAUUUGACAUUUGACUGGUCUCUUGUUGUCAGGAUUAAAAACAACAAGAGUUUAAAGGUCUUAGACUAAAGAUGUACGAAAUAUCGUGUCAAUAUUUCUUUAUAACACUUUAAUUUCAAUAUUUGAAAAAUGUGACACCUGCUCUAACAAAGGGUUUGAACAUAACAAGUCUUAACAUUUAUUCCACAGCCUUCACAUAUAUGAUAAUGACAGAAACUUUAAUGUGUUUUUAAUAGUAACAUGUAACUUUUUUUUGCUUCCAGAAAGGAAUUGUUGUGUUGUGUUUGUAUUUAUAGUAUAUUGACCAUGUUGAUGCCUGCUGGUGGCAUAUAUUGUCUCAAGUGUAUAUGAAUGUCUUUGCUUUUAAAAGGGAACAGUUUCAAAGACUUUAGAAUAAAUUGAUAUAUUAUAUAAAUGGA